UUAAUAUUUUCAAGUAUUGCCUGAAUUCUCAGAAACAGAUGAAAAAUGUAUAAUAUUUUUAGUGUGCAAUCAUUGUAAAUAUUUUAAUAUUUUAUUUUAGCCAGAAAGUGAAAUUUCCACCACAGUAGAAGAUUACAGUUCUGAGGUAAAUGGUUGCAGUUUUAUGACAAGAACAGCUUUACCUGCAGACUUAAUCAGGGAAGAAGACUUUGGAGUUGGAGAGAUCUGUUCUGAGCAUGGAAUGCAGCACUCUCACACGCAGCUAGAGGUGAUGGAGAAUGAAUUGGCUGGGAAACAACAAGAGAUUGAAGAGCUAAGCAAAGAGCUAGAAGAAAUGAGGGCAGCAUAUGGUACAGAAGGAUUGCAACAGCUGCAGGAAUUUGAAGCUGCUAUCAAAAAAAGAGAUGACAUUAUCACUCAGCUCACUACUAACCUACAGCAGGCACGGAAAGAAAAGGAUGAAACUAUGAGGGAGUUCUUGGAGCUUACUGAACAAAGUCAAAAACUGCAAAUUCAGUUUCAGCAUUUGCAGGCAAGUGAAGCCCUAAGGAACACCAGCCAUAGUUGCACAGCUGCUGAUUUAUUGCAAGCCAAGCAACAGAUAAUAUCACAUCAGCAACAGCUAGAAGAACAAGAAUAUCUGCUGAAGAAUUACCAAAUAAAGAAUGAAGAAUUUGAACUGCAGAUUACGCAUCUUCGAGACAAAAUCACCACAUAUGAAGUGGAAAAACAAAAGAAUGAGGGAGAAGAUUUAAGUAAACUACAAGAAAAAGAAGCAUUAGUUGAAGAGCUGGAAGCAAAACUCGGAGAAGAAGAAAAAAAGUCAUUUGAGCUGAAGGAAAAAUUAUCAGAUGUCAGUAAAUUACUUGAAGAAUCGAAAGAACAGAUUUCUCUAAAGAUGCAGGAGAUAAAUAAUAUGAGAGCUGAACUUACUACCUACAAACAGAAAGAAAGACAAUGUUCUGAUGAAAUAAAACAGCUAAUGGGAACUGUAGAAGAAUUGCAGAAACGAUGUUACAAAGAUAGCCAGUCUGAAGCUGACAUUGUGCAAAGAAUGGAAUUAGAAACACAAAGGAGACUGGCACAACUUCAGGCUGAAUUAGAUGAAAUGCACGGCCAACAGAUUGUACAAAUGAAGCAAGAAUUAAUUAAGCAACAUGCAAUGGAAAUGGAACAGCGUCUUUCACAACAAAAGGUAGAAUUGGAAAAAACUUCAAGCCUGUCUUUGAAUGAGAAUGUUAAUAAAGAUCAAAUGCAUUUAAUGACUAUUAAAAUUAAUGAAAUGAAUGUAAAAUUGCAAGAUGCUGAUAAUGAAAGGAAAAGAAUAAAGCAAGAAUUGUUGCAACAGAUGGAAGUCAUUUCAGCAGAGAGGUCUCUUCAGCAAACUAAAAUUGAAGAUCUUCUCCAAGAACUGAAUUUUUCAAGAGAACAGGUUCAAAGAGCCAAACAAAAUAUAGUGGAUAUGGAAUGUAAAUUAAAUGAAGCUGAAAAACACCAGUUUAUGAUUGAAGAUUUGAAAACUCAGCUGGCUUCUGCCUCUGAAUUUAGAAAGGAAUUGGAAUUAAAACAUGAGGCAGAAGUCACAAAUUACAAAAUAAAACUUGAAAUGCUGGAAAGAGAGAAGGAUGCAGUUUUGGACAGGAUGGCAGAAUCUCAAGAAGCAGAAUUGGAAAGACUGAGAACAAAUCUUCUGUUUAGUCAUGAAGAGGAACUUUCCAGACUUAAAGAAGAUUUACAAAAAGACCACAUGGUCAACAUGGAAAGCCUUAAGGAUAACUUGAAUAUGCAUCAUAAGCAGCAGUUAGAUGAGGUACAAAAUGAAAUGAGUCGAAAGAUAAAAGCUGUGCAAUAUGAAAAUGACAACUUACUCGCCAAGCAAAAUCAGUUGAUACUAGAGAUUUCAAACCUUAAAGAUCUACAGGAGUCUGUUGUAAAUUCUAAAUGUGAAGAAAUGACACUUAAAAUCCAUGAGAUGCAGAAUGAGAUUGAAGUGCUUAGGCAAGAGGAAAAAGAAAAAGGUACCCUUGAACAAGAAAUUCAGGAGUUGCAGCUGAAAACUGAGUUGAUGCAGGAACAAAUGAGGGAGAGAGAAGAUAGCCUUCAAAAAAAAUGUUCUGAACUUGAAACACAAAAUAACCUUCUUAAGGGGGAAAACAAAACUCUGGAAGACAAAUUAAAAGGCAUGCUGAUAGGCUCUGAAGAGAAUGUUAUUUUUAACAGUGUUAGCUCUAAUUCAGAAAUUUUGGACUUACAAAAAAGAAUAGAAAAGCUGAUUACUGAAAAUGAGCAACUUAAAAACCAAAACAGUCAACUCCAAGAAGAUACUGAAAGGCAGAAGAGUGCCUUUGCAUUUACUGAGAAAAAACUUGAAGCUAGUUACAAAGAGCUGCAGAAAGAAUGUGCUACUCUUCUGAAGGCAAAAACGGAUUUAGAAGAGGAUAAGAAAAAGCAGGAAGCUGAAUAUAAAAUCAAACUCAAAGAGUUGAAUGAAAAACUUCACUAUUUACAAAGCAAUAGAUCAGUUCUAUCUAAAACUAAAACUUCUGGUUUUGAAGGGAGUAAAGAAAUCAAGGCGUCUAGGGUAGACACAUUUGAGGCUGGAGACUUUGUUGAGAAAGAUGUGACAGAACUGAUGGAAAAGCUUGAGGUUGCCCAGCAUGAGAAACUGGAAUUAUCCCUGAGACUUUCCAGUGUCGCUGAACAGUUGAAGUCAAAACAUAAUGAAAUUUGUCAUUUAAAUGAAAAAGUUAAAUCCUUAAAAGAUGAGAAAGAACAAGUUCUAGCAAAAUGUAAAGAACUAGAAGUCAUAAUUAGCCAUGUACAGAGGGGAAAUAGUAGUAGUAAUUUUCCUAAGACAAAAUGUUCUAAAGGAAAAUCUCUAAAAACUUCUGCUCCAGCAUCUGAAAGUAGAAGUAAAACUGCUGGUCCAAGGAAUAAAGUUGAUGAAGGAAUAAAUGUAAGAGGAAAUCUAGGUUCAGGUAAAGAUAUCAGUCAUGAAGUGACGAAAAGAAAGGAAGUUCAGCAAAUGUUGAAACCAGAACAGUCUCUUGUAGAACAUUUGCAUGGGAUGACAGACAGGCUGUCUGAUGAAACAUCGUCAAUAGCUGUUACCCAGAGUGAAAAGAAUCUUCAGCAGCAGGUGGAUGCCUUAAAAUCAGAACAGACUGAUUUACAGCUACAGAUGGAAGCACAGCGCAUUUGCCUGUCUCUGGUUUAUUCAGCUCAUGUGGACCAGGUUCGUGAGCACUUGAAAGCAGAAAAAGAGAGUGCACUUUGCAGUCUUAAGGAGGAACUUGUGCAUAGUCAUCUACAAGAGAUGAAUGAUCUGAAAAAAAUGCAUCAGCUGGAGCUCCAGACAUUGAAAAUUCAACAAGCAGAUGAUGAAGUCAAAUCUACACAAAGACUUAUAGAAAAGCUAAAUGAAGCUGUGACUGAGGAAUGUUCUAGGCUUGCUCAGGUUUUGUGUGACACUCAGAAUGAACAUUCUUCAGCUGCUAUAGAAGUUGGCAGUAGGGAGCAGGAUAUUUUCCAUAGACCUCCUGCUGUGAAAGAACAACUGAGUGUAGAAUUACCAGUACACAGAGGUCAAGCUCAAGUCCCUGGUUAUCUGUGUAAUUUAGUGGUACAAGAACGUAUGGAUGAACUUCUACACAAGAUAACGGAAGAAUACAGUAGGCUGAAAGCACUUCAAACACAGCUGAUGAAGGACUGUAAACAGGUCAAAAAACCAUGGCUGUCUUCUCCAGAAAGGAGAAAAGAAGAGCAACGCAGUCAUCGGGAAACAGGAAAGGAAUGUCUGCAGACCACUUGGCAGGAUCUAAUGGAUCCUACAAUUCAAGAAUACUGUUUGAGGGAGAUAGGAAACCUUAAAACACAACUUGAAGAACAGCAUACUCAAGAACUGGAACACCUCCGGUCCUAUUUCCAACAGCAGCUGAAAGAAAGUGAAGAGAGAUACACUACAGAGAUUGUCCGUCUGCAAGAUAAGCUUCAUAGUGCUGGGGUAUCCUCUGACCAUAUGAGUGUAUUCACAAAUCCAGAAAUAAAACUAAAAGAAGUCUUCAGGAAAGUGAAGUGCACUGAAAAUCUUCAUCAGCAGAGAACAGAUGAAGCACUGGAGCUUCCUAGUGAAAUUGAAAUGCAGAAUGAUCUGGAUGCUGUUCAGUUGCUAGAAAAACAGUACCAAGAAAGAUUAGAAGAAGAAAUAGCAAAGGUAAUCGUGUCAAUGAGUGUAGAACUUGCCAAACAAACUGAAUUGUCGGGAGUUGCUAGGCAGAAGGAAGAAGCAGAAACACAAACUGUAUAUCAACAGGGAAUGCAUUUUGAAAUCAAAAAGCAAUACAGUGAAGAGGUUGACAGCCCUUUCAGAAAAGCAACAGGAAAAGAGAAUAAGAAUGAAGAACUGAAGUCACUUUGCAAGGAACUCAGUGAAGAGUCUGGUGAGAUCAACUCGCUUGGAGAACAGCUUCAUCCUAAUAGCAAGCCUAGUUGUGUAUUAGGACAGACUACACAUGAAUCAGUGAUUUCUGAAGAACUUCUAUCUCAUGUUGAAGGUCUUAAAGCAGAAGUAACACCACACUACGGUGAGAUGACAGCACCAGACACAGAAACAGCAAGUCAGCUGUUGUUAUAUGAGGAACGUUUGGAAGACAUGAGACAGGAGCUGGUACGGCAAUAUCAGGAACAUCAGCAGGCAACGGAAUUACUGAGGCAAGGACACAUGCAGCAAAUGGAACGUCAAAAAGAAAAUCAAGAGCAACUCUUAGCAGAGCUUGAGAGUCUUAAAGUGCAAUUAGCUGAGCAUGUCUCAAUGGAGAAUGACAGCCUGGUUGCAGAGAGAGAGAGAAUGCUUUUAGAAGAACUGGAAUCAUUAAAACAACAUUCUGCUUCCGGAAGAGAAAAGCUGGCUUGUGAGCUUCGAAACAACAGCACACAAACAGAGAAUGAAAAUGAAAACCCAAACGACAUGAGAGAGCAGAUCUUUGAGCAUGAAGAUGGAGGAAGAAAGCAUGAUGAAACAUCUUCAGCUCUUCUUUCUAAAGAAAGGGAUGCUUUUCAGAAGGCUAAUGAAAAACUCAUGAAGAUUCUUUUAGAAGUUGUGAAGACAACUGUGGCAAUGGAGGAGACAAUUGGUCGCCAUGUGCUUGGGUUACUGGAUCAGUCUGGAAAAGGCCAGCCUUCCAAACCAGUUGGAUGGGGCACAGAGACAGAGGAGUCAGUAAAACCCUGUAUCACUGUGGGGUAUGAAAAAGACUCCUGUUCCUCGUAUCAUGGUAGUAGUAUGGGAGAUGAUGAUACUAACAUGUGGUCAGGAGCAAUGGAUGAAGGACUGCUGAGCCAACAUCUUGCAGAAAAUGGAGUGGAAAUAGAUCCUGAAAAUGAAGAACUCAUUCUGAAUAUUAGUUCUCGUCUACAAGCAGCUGUUGAAAAGCUUCUGGAAGCUAUCAAUGAAACUUCGAAUCAGCUUGAACAUGCUAAAAUUACUCAGACAGAACUCAUGCGAGAGUCCUUCAAAAGGCAACAAGAGGCCACAGAGUUUAUCAAGUAUCAGGAAGAACUGCAAGAACAUCUUAAUGAAGAAACCAAAGCCAGAGAGCAGUUGGCUUUGGAGCUUAGUAAAGCUGAAGGCCUCAUUGAUGGUUAUGCAGAUGAAAAAGCAUUUCUGGAAAAACAACUCCAGGAAAAAAUAGAUGUAAUUGACCAUCUUGAGCAAGAACUACUGUGUACAGGUAACAAAUUACAGGAGUUAGAGGCUGAACAGCAGCAGAUCCAGGAAGAAAAGGAACUGCUUUCCAGACAGAAGGAUGCCAUGAGAGCAGAUGCAGGACCAGUCGAACAGCGCCUAGUAGAUGCUGCAGUCGAUGCAGCUUCCCAAGCAGAAUUACUGGAAGAAACAGAAAAGCUGAUGAAAGAAAAAAUUGAAGUACAGCGUCAAGCUGAAAAAGAAUAUGGUGACCUUCAGAAGCAAGUGAAAGUCUUGGAAAUAGACUUGGAAGAACAGGUCAAUCGUUUCAUAGAGCUAGAACAAGAAAAAAAUGCAGAACUAAUGGACUUAAGGCAGCAAAACCAGGCUUUGGAGAAGCAGCUUGAGAAAACAAGAAAAUUUCUAGAUGAGCAAGCAAUUGACCGAGAACACGAAAGAGACGUAUUCCAACAAGAGAUCCAGAAGCUGGAACAACAGCUUAAGAUUCCACAAAGGAGUCAGCCUGUCAAUGAACAUCAAACCAGAGAGGUUGAACAGUUAACAAAUCAUCUAAAAGAAAAAACAGACAAAUGCAGUGAGCUUUUACUCUCUAAGGAGCAACUUCAGAGAGAUAUACAAGAACAAAAUGAAGAAAUUGAGAAACUAGAAUGCAGAAUAAGAGAACUGGAGCAAGCCUUAAUCAUCAGUGCAGACAACUUGCAAAAGGUGGAGGAAAGGAAACAGUUUGGCACCAUCAUAGUAAAGGGAGAAUUACCUCUUGAAGUGCAACUGCAAGCUGAACGAGAAGCUGUGGACAGAAAGGAAAAGGAGGUGACAAACCUUGAAGAACAACUGGAACAGUUCAGAGAGGAGCUAGAAAACAAAAAUGAAGAAGUGCAGCAAUUGAACAUGCAACUAGAAAUUCAGCGAAAGGAGGCUACUACACGCUUGCAAGAACUUGAACAGGAGAACAAAUUAUAUAAGGACGAAAUGGAAAUCCUGGGGCUAGCUAUCCAGAAAUCUGAAAAAUCCACCAUAAAGGACCAUCACUUAGUGGCUGGGAGGCUCGCUCACAUCAUGCGAGAAAAGGAGCAGGAAGUAGAUCAUCUUCAUGAGCAAAUAGCUAAACUCCAACAGCAACUUGAAGCCACAACUGAUAACAAAGUUGUUGAAGAGCAGAAUGAACAUAUUCGGGAGCUUGAAGCCCAGGUAGAAUGUCUGAAAAGUGAUCAAGAGUGUGUGAAGAAGAAAAAUUACGAGGAAGUAGAGCAGUUGAAUGAUGUUAUCGACAAGCUUCAGCAGGAACUGGCAAAUAUUGAGCCAACAGUACCUGCGGAUUUUGCUGCUUUACAGGAAGAUGCUGACAGUCUAAAACACACCCUUGAAACAGUUCUGGCAGAAAAGGAAGCUUUGGAGAAGCAAGUAGAAAGUGCAAAUGUAGAGGCAUCUCAAGCAAAGAAUGAGCUUGAGGAAACUAAGUUAAAAAUGAACCAGCUAAAGCAAGAAAUAAGUAUGUUAAAAAAAGAGCAUGAAAGAAUAACAGAGAAAUAUAAGUGUGCACUGAUGAAAGGUGAUAGGGAAAAAACAGAAGAUGGGGGCACUGAAAAGGUGGAAGAAGGCUUACGUGAGAAGAUAGGGUUGCUAGAUCAAUCCCAGCUUGCGUCUUCAGGUGAGAGCACAGGAGUCGCUAUUAGCAAGAUGGAGGUACAGCUGCAGCAACUUCAGGCAUGCAUUAAGGAAAAAGAUUCAGAACUGUGCCAGUCCUACAAUGAAAUAAAAGCCCUGAAAGAGCAAGGCAAAGCUGAAAGACAAACACUUAAAAAGAGAAUAUUAGAACUAGAAAAGAUACUGGUGGAAAAUGUUGCUGCUGCUCUUGUGAGUCAGGUUCAGCUGAAUGCAGUUCAAGAGCAAAGGAAAUACAUGCAGGAAAUGCAGGAAUCUUCAAAAUACGUAGAAGAAGCAAGCAAGAAUGCCCAAACAGAAGGUUUGAGUGAUAGAACUGAAAAUGAGAUGGGAUCAAAAUUCUCAGUCUUAAAACAGAGGCUUAGUGAGAUGGAGGAUCAACUAGCAACCGUAAAUCAGACCUUGGAGAUAGAAAAAGAAAACGUAAGAGUUGCACAAAAGGAAGCUAAAGUGAAAGAAGAAAGACUCUUAGAACUUCAACAAUUACUAGAAGAGGUUCAAGAAAAGCACAAAGGAGAGAUUCAGAAAUACAUUAAGCAAGAAGAAAUGCAGACAUGUCAGGUAGGGGCACAACUCCUGGGAAGUCAAAAAGAAAAUGUGCUUAUUAAUGAACUUGAACUAGAGCAACUUAAAGAAGAGGCAGCUGCUGCGAAGGAAGAACUGAACAGUUACAGAGAAAAGUCAGAAAAACUUCAGCAAGAGCUAGCAGUGAAAGAAGCAAGUCUGAUACACCUUCAGGAAGACCUGUGCAAAGUCAAAGAGAAUCUAGUUCAAGCAGAAGAGAGACUUGCAAGUUAUGUGAGAAAAGACAAGGAAAUGGCAAAACCUGAAAGCAAAAAGGAUGCAGAAAUAGCAUGUGAUUUGUUAGACAGUGAGCCUACUCCAUUUAGAAAAAGCUCAUCCUCACAGACAGACAAGGCUAUGGAAAUAAACAGCUGUAUCCAGACUUUACCAGUCCUUGUUAAAAAUGCAGAAAUCCAAAAUGAUCUGCAAAGUGGGUAUUCUUCAGAAGAGAUUGCAGAGAUCAUAAGAGAAUUUACUGAUAAAAUUGACCAAAUGCAAGAACUCCAUGCUGCUGAAAUCAUGGACAUGGAGACAAGACAUAUCUCUGAAUCUGAAGCAUUAAAAAGAGAGAAGUUUGUGGCAGUGCAAGUACUGACUGAAGAAUGUAAUACUUUAAAGGAAGUAAUAGAAAGUCUACAAGGUAAAGAGGGAAUCCCAGUUUCUGGAUUAACAUGUUCUCCACCAUGUCAAGGUAGAGAUGGAGGUUCCAGUGACUCCAGUUCAGACUGGAGUCAGGGAAUGUAUCUUGCUCAGACCCAGGGAUCUGACACGAUAUCUGAAGGAAUAGAUGAAGGUGAAACUUCAACAGAUUUACUUCCAAAAAAAAUUAAGGGUUUGCUGCGAGCAGUCCAUCAUGAAGGCAUCCAGGUGCUGUCUCUCACUGAAUUUCCAUAUGGUGAAAGGGAGAUGACACCUCUUAAGCAAGAGCCCGAAUCUUGGCUUGAGGAAAGGAAAGCUUUUCUAAGCACCAUUUCAUCUUUGAAAGACCUAAUUGCAAAAAUGCAACUUCAUAGAGAAGCUGAGAUUUAUGCAAGUGCUGAAUCUCCUGAAGGUGUCUCAGACUGGCGAGGAGAACUUCUGCAUGCUAUUCAGCAGCUUUUUGUGAGAGAACAAAAUGUUCUUCUUGCUGCGUUUCAAACUGAACUUGCAGAACUGGGCACAAGAGAUGCAGUGAUAUUGAUGAAUCAGUUAGAGCACAGACUGCAGGAGCAGGCUACUAACCAGAGAGCAGCAAUGGACUGUCUUCAAAGUGCAGACAGAAGAAGCUUGCUAAUGGAGAUUCAAGUCUUACAUGCUCAGAUGAACAGUAAGAAAAAUAAUCCAAAGAGAGAACAAGAAAUGGAUUCAAAAAGCCAAGAAAUGCUGGAGUAUAAUAUGCAGCAGAAACAGUCACAGAUACUGGAGAUGCAAGUGGAGCUCCGGAGUAUGAAGGACAGAGCAGCUGAGCUUCAGGAACAGCUGAAUUCAGAGAGAAUGAUGGGUGCUGAGCUGAAGAAUGAACUCGCACAAGCCAAGCUAGAACUUGAAGCAACCCUUAAAGCACAGCACAAGCACUUCAAGGACCUAGAAACCAUCAGGACUGAAGUUAAAGAAAAGGCAUGUGAACUAGAUGUUCUCAAGGAUACAAUGGCCAGCGAACAGAAGAAAUCAAGAGAGCUACAGUGGGCUUUGGAAAAGGAAAAAGCUAGAAUGGAACGCAGUAAGGAAAGAGGAAGAGAAGAGCUUGAGGAUUUGAAAUUUUCACUUGAAGAUCAAAAGCAGAAGAACUUAGAGCUAACUAAACUCUUGGAGCAAGAGAAGCAGCUGUCAACUGAUCUGCAGCAGAAAAUUGAAUCCCAAGAAGUGCUGAGUGCUGCCCAGCUGUCACGUGAGCGGGGCCGUAAUUCUGAGUUGCAGGUGCUUCUUGAGUCAGAGAAGGUUCGAGCUCUCGAAAUAAGCAGUGCCCUAGAAAGGGAAAAGGAACUGUGUGCUCAGCUUCAAAGUGCUGAAGAUAAGGGGCAAGCUGGAGCACCUAAUCCGUCUGAGGAAUUACUUAAAGAGCUGCAGAAGCAAAUGGAUGAAAAGCAUGACCGUGUAGUGGAGUUAGUAAGUGAGAUGGAGAAAUAUAAACUGGAAUCUGUGCAAGUGAGGCAGCAAAUGGAAAAGGAAAGGCAGAUCCAGAGGAAAGCAUUACAGGCAGAACAAGAUGCUAACAUAAUAGCACAGAAGAAACUCCAUGAACUGGAGUCUAAAGUAGAAGACCUUCAGUGGCAGCUUGGAGAAAAGAAGCAAGAAGUUCUUAAAUUAGGGAAUGAAACAAAGAAGUUGCAGGAAAUAAUCCAAGAACUGCAGAAACAAGAGCAGGAGAAUGGAGGAAGGAAGGAAGCUGAAAGGACACCAAGCCACAAUACAAAUGAGACGACCUGGGAUACACCUAAUGACAGAACAAGAAAAUGGGUUCUCCAGCAGAAAAUGGAAGGAGCUGAGACCAAUGAAUCGACCUACCCCACAGUGACGGGAGCAGGAGAGCUCUCUGCUGCUAGUGAAGUUCUGCAGAACAUCAGGCAAAAGCUGCAGAAUGCAUUUCCAAAGCUGAAGCAGUUGGCUCGGAAAGCGGCUAGCAGGUUGCAGUUUGAAACAGCAGAUGAUCAAGACUUCAUCGCAAUACAGAACGCUAUUGAAGAAGUUAUUUCAGAGCUGCAAAAACUGCCUGGGUUGUCCUAUCUGGAAGAGUUGAAGCUAGUGCUGCCCCCAGGGACACCAUCCAGCUCGCUGACUGAGAGGCUGCUGAGACAGAACGCUGAGCUGACCGGCUUUGUCAGCAGGCUGAGCGAGGAAAAGAACAAUCUGAGAAAUGCUGUUAUGAAACUGGAGGAAGAACUGAGAAGAUACCAGCACAGGCAACUUCCUGGAGACUAUUCUUCCAGACACUCAUCAGCUGUUGGGGUUAAUAUCGAUACUCUUGCCUCUGAGAAGGAAACCUGGAACAGAGAGAAGCUGUCACUGCAGAAGUCUUUGAAACAAGCUGAUGCGGAGCUCUCCAGGCUGAGAGCAGAGCUCAGGAGCGAAGCUUUCCUCAGAGAACUGGGAUCAGAUUCUGAAAACGCUGUUUUAAGGAGAAUUUAUGGCAAAUACCUGCGAGCAGAGAGCUUUCGGAAAGCUCUCAUCUAUCAGAAAAAGUACCUGCUGCUGUUACUAGGUGGAUUCCAGGAGUGUGAGGAAGCCACCCUGGCCCUCAUCGCGCGGAUGGGCGGGCAGCCUUCCUACACAGACCUCGAAAUCAUCACACACCAUUCGAAGGGGUUUACAAGAUUCCGCUCUGCAGUCAGAGUGUCCAUCGCAAUUUCAAGAAUGAAGUUCCUGGUUCAUCGAUGGCAGAGAGUUACAGGUUCUGGUAUACUGAGUGUCAAUAGGGAUGUCUUUAGCCAGAGCACAGGUAAUGAACUGCGGCCUGACUCAUUCUCUGGUGGCAUGGAUCUUUAUGGAGAGCAAAGGCAUUCCUAUAGAUCCAGGUUUCCCAGUAUGCAGGCGGACUUCAACCCAGCCUCUUUCGCCUGUUCUCAGCUGCAGAACUAUGAUCCUGAGAGAGCUUUAACAGAUUACAUCCACCGGCUGGAGGCCCUGCAAAGACGACUGGGCAGCGUGCAGUCAGGUUCGACUUCCUACACUCAGCUGCAUGUGGGUAUGAGAAGAUAAUACCUCAGUUCCACUAGCUCCGGCACUGGCAGUGAUGAUGUUCAUGGAUUGCGUUCCAUAAAUCCAUGCUCUUUCCCUGCUUUUUAUCAUGUGUAUAUUUUGGGACCAAGAUGAACACAGCUGUACAAUUGUAUUACAGGUCCAUCCUGGCACACCCCACAGACUGGGAUUUAUGUAUAUAGGCACUUUGUGUUCAUGCAAAAAACACCCCAAAACCAAACAAAAAACCACCCCAGAACAACCCAGCCCCCUCUCCCCCCUUCAAUUACGUGUAUAUUUGUGGAAUGCUAAUUUAAGUGAUUAACUUAUGAAGUGUGUAUUUAUCAAAAGGGUGCAAAGAUGAAACAUGUAUUAAUGAAAUGGAGCUACAUUCAGCAAAGUUUACUUGCACUUUUUCUGGCAAGGCUACUGAAGUUACCUGAUUCUCGUACUAUUUGCUACCGGCAGUGCAGACAGAAUAUCACUUGUAGAGACCUAUUUUUGUAAUGGUAGAAGUUUUGAAUUUUAUGGGUAUUUUGUCAAAGUACUGAAAUAAAGACAACCUCAUGCUUCUAA